AUGAUCGCCUUGUCUGUCUGCGGAUUGGUCUCCUUGCUUGCUUCUGCCGUGUGUUGCCAGCCAAUACCGGCAAACCAGUCGCUUCCAGCGACAGGGCCCGGAUUCUCAACUUCCUGGGACAUCUCAAGAAUCAUCAGUCGACACCAGCCCCAAGGCGUCCAGUUGAACGAUCCAGAUGUCUUUGACUAUCUGGAGCACUUGGCCUCCCUCUUGCAGAUCACAAACUGCGAUAACAAGUACAAAGCUCUCAAGCUACCAUCCAACACGUUCUCCACAAGCUUGCAAUUUCCGUCCAAAUUAGAAACUCUCACAGAUAUACCUAACAACACAACCUCUGUGGAGGUGGUAGCUAAGGUCAGUACUCGAAAACCGGACAAGAAGCUCGACUGGCUCCAAUAUCUGCUAAAUGCCAACAGUCUGAUCUAUGUGGACCACAAGUACCAGAAGAUCGUCAUUUCGUUCCGCAGUGAUCUCAAACUGACAGACUAUAUCACCAUCUACCAAGAUCAAGCAGCAGUUUAUUGGCCAUUUGUAUACAAAGAAGGGUUUUGGAAAUCCGUCAAGAAGAAGCUCAGUCCUGAUCUCGUCCAAGAUCUCUACAGCGUUUACAAGAACAAAUACUGGUCCUACUAUUGGAGCAACUACCUCAAGUCCAACAGGGUGCACUCUGGUUACUUCAACAUUGCAAAUCGGAUGUUCGAAGAAAUCUUUGUUCAAUAUAUAAAUACUAAGCAGCAGUAUCCAGACUACAAGCUGGUCUUUUUGGGCCACUCUAUGGGUGGAUCCAUAGCUUCCAUUGUGAGUUUGAACUUCCAUCAUCUGGGGAUUCCAAAUGUGCUUGUGACUUUCAAUUCGCCGAAACUGUGGUCAAACAGCAUGGCUGACAUGUAUGACAAAGUCUCGAAAACAACACAGAUCAGGAAAGUUUCCAUGGACCUGGAUACGGGGUAUCUGAGGCUCUGGAACACAAGAGACGCGUGGAACUUGUUUCCUCCAGGGUCUCUGCUUGGAGUGAUUUUCGCAAAAGCGUACAAACAUAGCGGGCUCUCACUGGCCACCGAGCAGAAGAAGUUGGAACUUUCAAUGGAAGACCUAGUUGUGGAAUAUGACCUUUUAGGAAAAUGGGACUAUGAAAUGGAGCAUAAGCAUUGCAAGUUCAUCAAGACCACCGACGAGUUUGCUAAUGUCAUGUCCUGGGACGCGCAUCGUGUAUUGCUGAAAGACAUAUGGGCGUGUGUAGAUUUGAAACCGUGA